AUGGAGGACGGCUGGUGAGUUAUGGCAACUUGGCAAAAGCUUAUUCCAGAAUGCAUGCUCAGUGCAUGAGCAUAAUGUCAUAUGGCAGCUACAGGCAUACCUCCCAACUGUUCCUAACAAGGAGGGACUAAGCCCAAAACAUUAUGUUCCUCUUCUCAAUCUCACCGUUUUCUGUGAGCUCUAAACUUUGGGGGUGCAGAACAGAACUUCACAGCAAGACACCCCCCCAUUUAUGUUUAAACUUCAAUAAAUGUUAUUUUAUCAGUCUGUGUUAAUAAGACAUUCUAGGCAUGUUCUAAAUUCCAUUUUCAGUUACAUAAUAUGUUAUCAAGAAGUCCCAAAUAUUGGGAAGAAUGAGCAGCGUUGACCGCAAUUAGUUUGAUUUCACUGGCAAAAUAUCCAUGGGAAGUUUAAAACGGUGAUAGGAGUCCCCGAGUGCUACCCACCAAUAACAUUUAUGAAUGUUUUGACACUUACCUUGCUGUGUCAGGUGCUUGCGGUUCAUCUAAUCAUACAUGUGCGUUAUCAUGCAGUGUCAGAUGAUGGCUUUCUGCUUAUGAAUACUGUUAUUACUUGGUAUGAGUUGGUAGUAUGAUGAGAAAUGUCAUACUUCCAGAUUAUGACACAGCGUUAUUAAAGAGACACUCAAGAUCCCUAAAGCACUUUCACUUGAUGAAGUGCUGUAUGUGCUGUUUUUUUUUUUACAAAAAAAAAAUGCAGAUUUCAAUAGAAAUUCUCACUUUUAUAAAAUUAUGCCCCCUGACUGUCAAUCAGACAAACUGACCUGUUACUUCCUGGUUUGGUUAGCUCAGUGUAGCUAAACUCAAGAGGCAGCAAAUGCCCAGAGCAUCUGCCUUGAAAAUAUUUCUCAUUUAACAUGCCCAGGGGUUAGACAGGGACCCUGAAACCAAUAAUUUGCUGGGCUUCAUUCACCAGACCUAUGUGAAGAAUGAGGGAGGACAAAAAUUAAACAGAGAUCUAGGGCAGUUAAUUCUUCUCUUAUCAGAUCAACUGAGACCAGAAGGACCGUUCUCACUCAACACAGCAAUUUAAGUGUCAAACCAUUUGGAAAUAGUUUGACAGGUUACUUACAGACAGCACACAGAAAAUCCUGGCAUCAUAACCAGUACAGUGCACUGUAUUUGUUGUGGUGCAUAAAGUAUCCCGUAAACAAUUUUGCGAUGGGCUAACACAGAUAUCCAGCUCUCCAUUUUAGACUUUUGGUGUACGCCAUUGCUGUGCAUGCAGAUAUCCAAUGUGCACAGAAUUAAUAUUUGCCACUUGACUCUUGUUACUAUCUGUGCAAUGAUGUCCUAAUUAAUCUUCUGCAGGUGGCAGAUACACCUCUCACAGCAGAGGGAUUAAACUCUGUAUGUGCAGGGUUUCAUAGCAAAAUGCUACACAUACAGACUCUAGGUACCACUUCAUAGGGAUAAAUUACUAAAAGGGAUACUAUAGUGCCAGGAAUACAAAGCUGUGAUCCUUGCACUAUAGCUCCCUCUGCCUCCCCUCUCCCUUGCAACCCCCUCCUGCAAAGGUAAAUAAAAGGUUGAAAAUCCUUUAUUUAUUUACCUGAUCCCAACAACAAUGUCCCUCGGCGCUGGGUUGCAGCUCUGCCUCCUCAGACAUUGCUCCACGAGGGGGCACUAAAGUGCAUGCAUGGCGCGUGCCGCGCAUGCAUUAGACCUCCCCAUAGGAAAACAUUAAAUCAAUGCUUUCCUAUGUGAAAAUAACUAGCACUGGAUGUCCUCAUGCAGAGCGUAAGGAGGUCCAGCGUCAGUCAUUGGACCAAAAAUCCAUUAACAUUCGGAAAGCACUUCCCAUGUAAACAUUGCAGUUUCUCUGGACACUGCAUCCAGACCACUUAAAUUAUCUGAAGUGGUCUGGGUGCCUAUAGGGUCCCUUAGGACCCAAAUUGUCUUCGUAAAAAUGUUUCCAUAUCAGACAUGUUUGAAGAAUGUGUAGUCAUUAAAUAUAUUUUUUUUCUUCUAUAGUACUGAACAUGCUAAAGCAAUCAAACCUAUAGAUCGCAAAUCAGUUCAUCAAAUCUGCUCUGGGCAAGUGGUGCUAAGUCUUGCAACAGCAGUGAAAGAGCUUCUGGAAAACAGCAUCGAUGCAGGAGCAACAAGUAUUGGUACGUUUAAAAAAAAAAAAAAAAAAGAAAUAAAACAUUACACUUUUUCUAUAUAUACAACAUUGCAUGAUUCUAUAACCAUCUACAUUUUGGUGUCCAUUUCUCCUGCUGAAUAUUUCCCGUAAGCCCUGAUUCAUGAAUCCAGCAUGGGUUUGUGGGAGACCUGUAAGAAGCCAGCAGUCAAAUUAAAUCCCCAGAAACCACGACAUUAUGAUGUGGAGCAAAAUAAGGCCAUGCAAAUUGAGAGGGAGAGACAAAGAGGAAGGGCUAAUGCAGAAAAAUAUAUACGUGUGUGUGUGUGUGUGUGUGUAUAUAUAUUUUUUUAUUUUUUUUUAGAAGGGAAAAAAACCAACCAUGGUAACUAAUAAUACUUUAAUAUAUGCCUUUUCAUAAAUAAUUGGGUGAAGUGCUUUAUGUGUAUGGAGUAUCCCACAAUGACAGUUUAUAAAAGUGUCAGAUAACUUUCAGAAAUCCAAACUUUUAUAAAUCGGUUCUGAAACACCUCUCUGGCUGUCAAUCAGAUACCCAGAGAGGAUUAUUUUUCCUUCCGUUAGCUCCACAGAACAUGCCUGCCCUGUCCCACAUUGUUAAGACACCCCUGGCACAAAAGAGUGAAACCGCCGUUUAGUUAAGCUUCCCCUUUCACAAUAAUGCAAGCUCCAUUCGUAUAUACUCCAACCGUACGAACUGCAACCAGGGGAAUGCACCAAUCUCCAGAACGGGACCCGUACGGAUGCUCCAAGCUCCCGAACAAUAAAUCCACGAAUCGCGGCUAACAGCCGAACAAAUAUAUCCUCUAAGCGGCUUACGGUUCCAGCAAUCGGUCACUAACCGUGUGUAGUAAAUCCCCACAAUAACGAGACCAAGCUCCGCAUUGAGGGUAAAACCAGAACUGGCUUUACUGUGGGCUACCCGCCUGUAUUUAUGCAGGUCUCCCACUUGGUGGACACUCCCCUAGGGGACCAAAUGGGAGACUCUAAUGACAGACAGAUAUAUGGCACUUUCAGACAUACAGGCACAAAAUAUUCCCAUAAUGCAUCCUGGUUUCCUCCCCUCUGCCCUGGAGAUAAUUGAGAAGUAAUUCAAUUAUCUCCAGGACAUAGGCAAAUCGCCAUUUUAAAUCAAACACAAAAACCACAUAAAAAUAAAUAAUUAUACAACUACCGAACAUAUUACAUUCGUGCAACGUAUCCCCAGAUAGCCUGGAUCUGAGUGCAUAUUCUUAGCGAAUAGCGCUCAGAUCCCAUACGCACAGUUCAAUCGCCAUGGAGUCAAAGUCUUUUACAGUCUUUCGGUAUGGGAUGGCUAUCUGGGUUAAGUCCAUUCGUGUAAUCCAAACUCCCGAACGGCUGGUGUUCGCCUGCCUUGUCGACUGAGAAGGGCGGUCUGUGGUUUCAGUGGUGUUCGGCAGAAAAAGUGUCCGUUUUUAGUUCCAUAGAAUCUGUGCCGAACACCGCUGGUCUUUCGCAUGGUUUAAAAUGGCUGCCGCUUCGUGGUCGACAUACGAACGAUGACCACCCUGCAUUCGGUUAUAAUUAAGAGGUGUCUGCGGUUAACCACAACGUUCUAAUUGGGAUCAAGAGGGUAACCAGCAGCACACUUCUCUUCUGGGUGGCCGUUCCUUCGGCAAGUUCAUUCGGUAAAAAGUCAAACAUACGAAUAGGGGUAUACGAACAGGCAAUUUCACGAAAGGAAGGCAAACUAGAUGAACCAGCAAUAAUAGUUAUACAGAUGGGUCUGUCACACACAUGUUCCAUGAUGGGAGAAAAAGGGGAAGGCCUCCAAAGACUAUCUGAAGAACUGCAGAUUUUUCAUGCUGUUUUUUUCCAUUGGGAUUAUAACUAUUAAAUAGUGAUUUUGUGUUUUUUAUUAAUAUUUAGUGUGGAGUGGUCCUUUAGGUAAAUUAGCUGACAUUGUAUUUAAAUAAUAUUACAUUAUUUCUCCCCUGAGCAGUGGUUUCUGUUUGUGAUGCAAGAGAUCCUGCUGUUUGGGGUGUGAAGUCAGUAUGAGAGACUGAGACCCAAACUCGGGUGCAUUGUAUGAACUCUUGUUCUAACAAUAUUCUGCCGUUUGAUAGUCAGGGGUUUAGCAUAUGUGUAUAUUGGUGUCAGUCUAUUGCUUUUUGGAGCAGUUUCAUUCAUAGUGUUCAAUGUCAAACUAGCAAGAAGAUCUGAUCAAUGGAUAAGGAUUUAGGGAUAUCUCAGUUCUGUUCCGAUGAGGGUGUUGAUAAACCAUUGACCUUUGAUGUGCUUUGAGUAUCUGCUGUUAUGCUUGAUGGGUGAUACCACAUGUAGUGAAAAUUUGAAAAUAUUUUAUUUAAUUUAAAAAAAAAAAAUUUGGUGGGGUCUGGGUGGGAUUUUUUUUUUUUGAACUUAAAAAGUUACAGAUGAUAUAUUUGCUUUUUUUUUUUUCUCAAAUGUUCAAGUGUGACAUUUACUAAAGUCUUCAGGACUGAUGUCUAUAUUGUAGGCAGCUUUUGAGUGCUUCUAGUGCCACAGGCUCAUCUUUCUUGAAAUAUGACCUACUUUAGUGCAUAUACACAUUGCUGAGGGACACUUAAAAUAAAUAAUAAAUGAUUGUAAUUCUUGGUGAUGUAAAGCCCAUUGGUUUACAGGAAAAUAAUGUUAAAUAUACAGAUUUAUGUAUAACAUACGAAUUUUAAAAUGCUAUCAAAAAGAUUGGACAUUGCUAAUGUGUCGCUCUAUGUCUCACUGUUUCGUAUAUGUUAUCAUUUUGUUGUAGACAUAAAACUUAAGGAUCAUGGAGCGGAACUCAUAGAAGUCUCUGAUAAUGGCUGUGGAGUGGAAGAACACAAUUUUGAAGGAUUAAGUAAGUACUUUUCUAAUAAGUGGGUUAAAGGGACAUUCCACUGACCAAAUAGAAAUAAUAUAAAUUAUUGUACACACAAUGAACACAUGCAUAAUUAUACAUGAUCCAAUUAUGGUUGGUUAUCUAAAAACAGCUUCCACAUGGUGUAGAUCUCUUGUCUGUUGUCUUUGCAAGCCAUCCCCUUCUACCCCACCCAGACUUUCUGUGGCUGUCCAAUCACAGACUUCCCAAAUAAUCUCUGUGCGAUUGCUGCAUCUUGAGUUUAGCUCCACUGAGCUAAGCAACCAGGAAGUAACAGGACCUUUUGUCAGAUUUACAGUCAGGGUGUGUAACAAGAAUAUUAAAAUUAUAAAAUUGCCCAUUUCUAUUGAAAUUUGUAGUUUUUAUAGGUACUUCCCACAUAAAUUACUUCAGCAAGCGCUUUCGUGGUCUGGACUGUCCCUUUAAUUUAAAAUAACAAAAGCGCAUACUACUAUCAGGAAAACAUUUUGUACAAAGGGUACCAUCCUGGGGUGACAUUCUAAAAAUUGAGCAAUCAAUAGAAACAUACAAUUUUUGAUUGUUCCAGUUUUAGAACAUAAAUCUGGUAUUGUCCCUGGUACAAGUUUUCCAUUAGUUUUGUUUUUUUUUGUUAUAGUGAAUGUACAGUCUUGUUAUAGGAUCUAUUCUUUACUUUUUAUUUGGUGUUUCAUUUUCUCUAUAAUGUUUAUUUUUUUUUUUUAUUUAGCUCUCAAGCAUCACACUUCCAAGAUACAGGAUUUUUCUGAUCUCGUUAGUGUUGAAACAUUCGGUUUUCGUGGAGAAGCUCUAAGUUCCUUGUGUGCAUUAAGGUACAGAAAUUCAAUUUUAUUUACAUUGCUGUCAUUAUUUCUGUAAUCUAAAAUCCCGUUAUCGGGGAUCAAAUUUUCAAAUCAUCAUUAGCCACUGGUGAGUGAAAAUGUAUCCCUGGCAAGUAGAAAUUGAUCACUAAGUGUGACAUGGCCUUUCCCGGCUUGCUGUGGUGAGUAACUUUUUUCAUGUUUAGCUAAUAACAUAGAACAUGAAAUUCGAAACCCUGCCUUCUGAAUUAAGAAUUGUGAUGGUCCAAAGCUGCCGUGGAAACCUUCAGUUUGUAUCACACCGUUCCUAAAUGGUUUGAUAUUAAACUAGCGGAUGCUGCUAUGGAACUCUAGGGAAGAUACCCACUACAUCAAGCUGUACAUGUUAUAUACAUGGUUUUAUUUAGCUUGUUGCUCUUACAGUGACCUGUUUUGGUACAAAAUUGUUAUAAACCCCUUGGAUUUCUUAGGAACAGCGAAUCUAGCAUGUUGCUUUUGUGUACAGAGCAAUUUUAUUUUACUGUGCAUAAUACCCUUCUUUGUCUUACAAAUUUAAAGGGACACUGCAUGGACUGUAACUGCUUAAUUUCAUUGAGGUGGUUAUAAUGUUUAGAAGCCCCUGGUGCCAUCCUUUGAUUCAGUGGUAAAUUGUAAUGGUUUAAUGCUACUUAGGCUAAUGAGCAACCAUAAGUCUCAGCACCAAUGAGCAGCUGUGAUAGACAGAGUUGCAGCUGACUACAUUCAGCCUAUUACAGUGCCCAUUGCUGAUAUGAAUCUUAAUGCUAGAAGGAAAGGUGUACUCUCUAGUUGGGGCUGUGCUAUGAGUGGCCAAUGACCCUGUUUUAGUGUUAAACCACUGGACAAUGGUUUAACACAGAAUGGAGGACAGGAGCCAGAGGGUUCCAGGCACUAUAGCCAAUUCAGUAAGAUGAAAUGGUUAGUUCCUACUGUGUCCUUUUAAGAUGGAGUAUUGCUGCUGUCAGUGGAUAGGUUUAUUGUUGAUUUUACCAACAUAGUGUAUAGAUCAGGGGUUAGCAACCUAUGGCACUCGAGGUCUGUGUGAACAGCACUCAAGGCUGCCAGACACAAACCAGCCCUGGCCUAUCAGGAGUCCCAGAACUUAGAUCACUUCCUCCCAGCACUUGUGAACAGGAAUCGGCACUGAAGUAGAGCAGCCCACAGCAGCUAUCUCAGCUCUUGCCCUGUACCUAGCCAUCCUGGUCCCCACUAGACCCCAGGGAAUCCACCACACUCCUAGAUAUACAGAGAGCUGCAAAAGAAGCCGCAUUCUUAUACAGAUAAUCCAAAAACAGCACCACUGAAAAUUCACAUAUACGUACACAACCCCACAAGCUGCCGCUCACCUGCAAUUCCACAAGUAGCACCCAUACAAAGCUCACAUUCAAAGGUAUCAUAUGCAAUCCCACAAAGUACUGAUGAACAUUUAUAGAAUAGAAUAUCCCACAUACGCACAAAUACAAAGCGACUGCAGCACCUAAGGGAUAUCAAGAUCUUGUUCUGGCACAGUGCUACUAAAGGCUUGCCUACCCCUGGUGUAGAUCCUAUUUGUAUGGCUUUAUGAAACGGAGCUUGUCAUCUACACAGUUUGUUGCCUGUGAUUUCUGGUUUACUUUGUAUAUUAGUUAUGGGUUUUUUUUGGCUCACACUACAUCAAAUAUGUAAAUUACUCUUCAUUUUAAAUAGUGACCUUGUGAUUUGUACCUGCCACAAAAGUGCUGCUGUUGGAACUCGCUUGGUGUUUGAUCAAAAUGGAAAAAUUGUCCAAAAAUCCCCAUUUCCUCGACAGCAAGGAACAACUGUCACUAUCCAGCAGCUCUUUUACACUCUUCCAGUCCGACACAAAGAAUUUCAACGGAAUGUCAAAAAGGUAAAUUGUUUAGCAAAGAGUCUUUGUAAUAUUAGUCACCAUGUAUCACUAGGGGGAAAGGUGAGUUGACCCUGCUGGGAUAGUCAUUGUUACCGUGAGGUUUGAUCAGAUGAUAUUUAGGUGAUUUGACUGACUGAGCUCUCGCUCUAUAUGUCAAAUUGCUAUUUUAGGGGGACAUUUUUUCUGGUUUAUUUAGAUUUUUUAUUUUAUUUUGUGAACCUUUCUACUUCCAGAAAAACAGUUCUAAAAUAUAUACAUUGUGGAUAGCUCUCUAGGGUUCCAUAAAAAAUGUCAAUUUUUUUCACCCCUCCUGGAUGGUAUGUUUAUUCCUCAUUCUCAUAUCCUCUACCAGAAGCCUGUGAGUUUGAGGGUUCUGUGCAGUAUCUUAAAGGGACACUAUAUAGUCACCCAGACCACUUCAGCUCAAUGAAGUGGUCUGGGUGCCAGGUCGCCCAGGUUUUAACCCUUCACAUGUAAACAUAGUAGUUUACAUGUUUACAAGUAGUAGUAGUCAAAGAAACUGCUAUGUUUACAUAGCAGGAUUAAUCCAACCUCUAGUGGCUGUCUUCCUGACAGCCGCUAGAGGCGCUUCUGCGACGCUGGAUGCAAAAUCUGCUUGCCUGGAGCGUGCAGAACGUCCAUAGGAAAGCAUUGAUAAAUGCUUUCCUCUGGACUGUUGGAAUGCGGGGGAGGAGAGGUCACCAGCGCCGUGGGAAAGGGGGCCCUGAGGGUGAGGGUCCCCCAAGGAUGCUAUAAUGUCAGGAAAAUGGGUUUGUUUCCUGACACUAUAGUGAUCCUUUAACUGUUCCUAGAACUGCACUCUUCUGGACAGCGAUCUCAGAUGUCCCACCUGGAAUCUGUUGAAGCCACUCUCCCAACUUGGGAGUCACAGCCCUGAGUGCUCCGAUCACAACUGGGAUUACUACUGCCUUCACUUUCCACAUCCUUUCUAGCUCUUCUUUCAGUACUUGGUAUUUGUCCAUCUUCCUGAUGUUAUAGUUACUGGGUAUUGCUAAAUCCAUCACAACGGCAAUAUAUAUAUAUAUAUAUAUAUAUAUAUAUAUAUAUAUAUAUAUAUAUAUAUAUAUAUAUAUAUAUAUAUAUAUAUAUAUAUAUAUAUAUAUAUGUAUGUGUGUAUAUAUAUAUAUAUAUAUGUGUGUGUGUAUAUAUAUAUAUAUAUGUGUGUGUGUAUAUAUAUAUAUAUAUAUUUAUUAUUUUAUUUUCCUUUUUCUUUGUAAGGAGUUUGGCAAAAUGGUGCAAGUAUUGCAGGCCUAUUGUAUCAUCUCAACUGGGGUUCGCAUCAACUGUACCAAUCAACUUGGCCAAGGCAAAAGAAAUCUUGUGGUGUGUUCCAGUGGCAGUACAAGCAAUGUAAAGGAGAACAUUGGAGCUGUGUUUGGUCAGAAGCAGGUAACUGCACUGUCAUUAGCUCAAGCUUGUUAAUACAUAACACUUUAUUUCAUUUGAGAGAGCUGUUUGUGAUCGGGCUGUAGAUGGUGGGUAAAAGUUAUGUUGUACAUCAUGGAGCUUUUUUUUUCAUCAACAUACACGCAGGAUUAGAUGUACAUUCCACGCAUUACUAUUACUGAAACCCAUUCAGUUUCUAAAAAAUAAAAUGCCAUUAAAAGUCAAAUCAGGACAAAGCAUCUCUGGAAGUAAGCAUUGAAGUCGGUUUAGCUGAUGCCAACAUUUUAGCUCUUGACAAACCUCUUUUAUCUCUUGGUGAUUAUCACCUAAAUUAGGUUGGAAGAAACAGUAGGAGCAAAUAUCAUUUUGGAGUUGGACUGUCUUUAAGAGUGGAAUCCAUCUGAUAUGCAAAUGGUUCGGGUUCUCUCUGUAAUACCACAAGUGGAACCAAAACCAACUUGAGACCUUAGCGGGGACCAACGAAGGGCAAGCUUGUUGUCCGUUCUCCGUAUUCUUUUGCUCUAUGUUUUAGUUUGUUUGUCUUUAGUUGGUUCUCGUUCGGGUCUCAAACAAGUAUUUUCCUAUUACCGAGGACAUCUAUGCCAUUCGUAUAUCAGACUGUGGUCACCCCCAAAGGGCAGUCGAGAACCAAGUUCUCUCUUUGUAUGAAAUUAUUCAGCAACCCUAGAGAAUCUUUUUAAAUCCUCUUUGAUGAGGUGUAGCUAAUGUCCCUGUUCGUGUUCUCAUAUCUUCUGUUUUGUCUUGUCUGCUGAUUAUCACAUCCCCAGAACACCUACACAAAAAACACCCAGGAGAAAAUCACUCAUAAUCCAAAUCCACCUUUAUCAGUCAGGGAAUUAAAUUAUUUCCCAUUGUUUCUCUGAGUCAAUUUUAACCAAGUAAACAACGGAAUGUUUCUAUAAAUAAUUUAUGUAAAUCAAGGUGUACAUGGACCUGAAACUUGCAACUGAACAACUAAUUUAAUUUGAUUUUCCAAUUAAAGAUUGUAUCUCCUUGUCAUUUAACAGUUGCAGAGUGUGAUCCCUUUUGUUCAGCUGCCUCCUAGCGAAACAGUCUGUGAAGAGUAUGGAUUAAGCUAUGCUGACCUGCCACAAGGAUUCUAUAAGUAAGAUACAGUAUACAAUUAUUGCACUCCUGUACCUUUAAUUCUCAUAGUCCCUGCUUUUUUUUUUUUAUUUAGAGGGCAGGGGAACAGUGACCUUUCACAAAAUCAUUCUGUAAUUGAGUUUCUUAGCCCUUGUAGAGCAGAAUCUGAUUUCUCCAGUGAUGGCAAUUCAUUAAUCUACAUUUCCGGUGGCAGAAUUGCUAGCAAAUGUACAAAUUUUAAGAGAAGAAAUCCCCCAGUUUUAUGGCAAUCGGGCAUAUCUCGAGGGAGAUCCUCACCUAACAGCUAUUUUGAGCGACUCAUUUGCCCCUUCAGAGUGCGGUGACAUUCCUGCUACAGAGCGGAAUAUCAUGGAUCUGCAUUGCAUAGUGCCGAUCCCUGAAUUUCUUGUGAGGCGUAGUAACAGCGUUGGACGGUAGAGGCGGCUGAUCUCCUGGCUCACGCAAUACUGUCUACUCUGUGACUCUGCACUGUUCCCCCCACCUUUGGACCUGCGAGGGUUAUCCCUGUCCCCACUGUGUUGACCCUAAGCCUCAUCUGCCUACUGCUCUCACUCCAAGGCUGAAUACAUCUAUCCUGGCAAUAUGGUGGAUGAACUCCAUCAUUAGGGAUAUACUCGGACACUGACCCCACAGGAUCAAAGGAACCCUAUUGGGCACAGGCUGCAGAAUCUACAGGCAGUCUUCCAGGCCUUUUAGGUUAAGCUAGAAUUAAGAGCAGCGACUCUACAGCUAAGAGAGGUUCCUGAGGGAGCUAACCGACCACAAGUGUCUGAUUCAAUCUGCCUCUCUCCACCUGGGCAGAAGGCAACCAGGGAUUCUCCCCCAUCGCAUCAACGGCUCCGACGGUGGAUUAAGCGCCAACAGAGGUGUCGAACCAUCCUGAUCCUCAGAUGUUACCCAUACAGGAGGUCUUGGGCCAUAUAUGUGCCCCUGUCCGUGGCUCAUUGAUGUGAGGCUCCAUGGAGGUUCGGAGGUGUUGGGACACCUGGCCUCACUACCAUUCUGUGGCUCUUACCAGCGAGCUACUACUUCCUGCCCUGCAUCUACCAUGCCAAGGAAUCAACUGAUUUCAGACAGCCUCAUACAAGCGGUUUCAACCAUAUUAUACUUAAUGGACACCAACAAUCCUGUUUUUAAAUAUGCUUUUUUUUCUGCCUUAAGCCUUUUAUUUUAAUUUCAUUUAGGUUGGAUGCAGUGUUGCAAUAGCGUGUCAGGCAUCAGUGGUUCACUCGUGUGACAGAAUUUGAAAUGACUCAAAAUACGUUCUGUGUACAGCAUGUUACAUCUAUCUUCUGUUAACCAUGUCUUUUUACACAAAAAGCAGUGCAGUUUAUCUUGACAUUUAUCUCUCAGUGAGCACUUCCUGUUAUUCCGGCCGGGUACAGGAAACAGAAGUUCCUGUACCGCGGUCUGCUCCGCUCGGCCACGCUACAAGAAAGGUAGGAGACACACCGAGGAUGUGGUGCACGCUGCUCCGUUUGGCUACGCUACACAGUGACUGCCAGGAGGGAGCGCUGUACGCCCACCUCCUGCCAGUCACUCCAAUCUAGCGCCCCACCACCUCCCUGGGCUGGUGCACCCUAAGGCGUGCCUUUUGGACGUGCUGGCCCUAAAUACAGCGCAUGUGAAGUUGCUGUGGUACUCCACUAAGGAACAUGUGUAGCACAGAUAUCACUCAGUUUGAUGCUGAUAUGCUGACAUUGAAACUAACAAAAUUAAUUCGUUUUAGGGGCUGUAGUUCUGGAGCAGUUUCUCUGUGGGAAUUGUAAUUUUCCUCAGCUGGGGAUCUAACUUUUAGCCAUCACUAAUCAGCUGGUAAAAAAAACAAUGGUCUUUCCUAUCAAACUGUUUCACUUAUGUAUGACAGUCCCUUUUAAAGAGAAACUAUAGGCACCCAGACCACUGCAUUCUCAUUGAAGUGGUCUGGGUGCAGUUUCCCUGUCUCCUUGACCCAGCAAGUGAAAACGUUGCAUUUUAGAGGAACUGCAACAUUUACAUAAAUACUUGCAUUAAGAAGGGUUACGAUUGCCUCUAGUUGCUUUUUACCAGAUAGCCACUAGAGGCGCUUCCUGCUGUUUCAUGGAGUUUUACUCCGUGAAAAGAUGUUGGACGUCUUCACACUUUUGCAUGAGAACGUCUAGGGUCUUCGAACCCCAUAGGGAAGCACACAGUCAUGCUUUUCUUUAGGGAAGGCCUAAUACGCCUGCGGUGCUCACUGUGCAUUAGGUUACCCCUCGCAAUGAUGUCAGAGAAGGUGGAUAUAGAUCCAGCACCGAGAGUGUUUAAAGGGUUAUCUAAAUAUUUGAAUCCCGGGGGAAAGGGAAGCGGAGGGGGGGAUGGUCAGAUGGACACUAUAGUGUUAGGAAUACAACUUUGUAUUGUGAUGUUGCUCAUCCUUUUGGUAUUUGCAAAACCCAUUCCGACGAUUUUGCAUAACCGCUAAUGCUAAUGGAAGUGCUCUACUUUGUGUGUGAAAGGUAUGAGUAGACUGUUGUGAAUUGGCUGUAGCCAGUAACAGUGCUAGUUUUACAUAUCGUACAAGACCAAGACGUUAGAAUGCUAAGUAAGCCUGCCUGCCUGUUACAGCUGUCUAUUGAUUGUUAAAACAGUCUAUUGUCAAGUAUAACUUGGUAAUUGAUACAAUUAUUUUUAGAAUAAAACCAUCAAUUGUAUUCGCAGCAGCUUUUAUAGCUGAGGCAUUAUCUGCAUAUUCAAUCUUUUUGUUGGCUCCAAAUCUUAUUUUACACAUGGACGAUUUGUUUCUCAACAUGUUUUGGUCAUCCUUGAUAAAGAUUCUGUGUUUUACCUUUAUAUUCUACUUACCCACAUUGGAUAGAGAAUCUUCUACAAAUAGAUGUAAAAUGCUUUGGUACCCUUGGCAGUGGUGGUGGCCAGUAUUCAUAAGGUAUUUAAAAUACGGCUUUAUUGAUAUACAGAAAUUACACUCCUAUUAGGCUUAAACCAAAAUAUAAAAUAACACAAUUGAUAACGCAACAAUUACACAAUACCUAAUAUGUCAAUUUAGCAGUACCUUCAAGAAACACACUAUAUCACAACUUCUCAUCUAUGGGGAACGAUCUUAACCUGUAAACCUCGGUCCAGCAGGUUUUCAUGCAAUAAACCGCUUCUAUACAACUCAGUUAACACGGUCACAUAGGAUGAUUGUUGGUGCCCUGUAAAUUAAUAUCUUCUAUAAUUUAGCACACAGCCUAGUUCACCAUUUGAGCCAAGACAUCCAUUUCACCAGUCCACUGAUAAGCUCUCUCCAGAAAUGUCCGUCUUUCCUAUGGUAUGUGUGUGUGUGUGUGUGCCAUGCGCAUGCUGCAUGCACAGUAGAUAUAAAAUGUAUGUAUGUGACCUGGGCUGCAUGACUGACCGCCUUGGUGAACUGUUUCAAAGCGGCCAAUUCACUGCAGCUAAAAGCCACUCUCCGUAAUUAGAAAGGGCUCAGGGUGCUCCAAGCAAUGUACAUUUUGCAAUAAUGGAAAAUGCUUGUUGUACUUAGGCUUACCCUUUAAAAUGUUCCUAUGUCCUCUGUGAAACAGAAUCGUAUGUGUUUUAAAUAUGACUAUUUAGAAUUGACCGAAUAGUGCCCUAGAUAGCAUUCUGAAUUGAUCCACUAAUUGAAUAUUGCACACAUGCCUGUUUUGCUUUUAAUACCAAUUUGUGUUUUCAGCAUUACAGGGUACAUAUCCCGCUCAGAUCACGGAGUAGGAAGGAGUUCUACAGACAGACAGUUUUUUUUCAUUAACCAGAGACCUUGCGACCCUGCAAAGGUAACGUACUCUUUGGCACCAUUUAUCUUGUUGGUGACAGAAGGGACUUUGGGAAACCGGAACCCAAAGUACCUUCUGCCACUAACAUGAUGAAGUUUCUUUUUCUCUAUUUUCUCAAACCAUGUGUAACUGCGGUAGUGGUUAUGGUACUUGGCGUUUCCUUUUACGCCUUUCUUUUAUACAGUCAUUGUUUUUUGUUUUGUUUUUUUUAAAUUUAUCUUAUUUUUCUUUUAACACUUUAUUCUUUAAAGAAGAAAUGUGUAAAAGCACAACUAAUAUGGUGUAAAAAUGUAAUAACUUCAUUAAGAUAAAUAUAAUAUUAUCCCUUUGCCAGCAUGUAUGUUAGUAUCGCAUUGAAGUGUGCAAACUGCCCUAGUCACAGUCAGCCAGUUAGUGCUUGCAUUUAGUUUCUCUCUUUCUUGUAUAAUCAGUAGGGAAGACCUAGUUAAAGCCCCCCUCUAUUAAAUGUGUAGACAGCUGUAUUUUACCGUAUUAACAGUGAGAUUUCAAGCCUCCACUAACAUCCCCUGCUGAUUGGCUGGGACAGGCUUUGGUGCAGCCCUCAGGUGGUUAUAAGUGUCAGGAAAUGUAAACCGUAUCUUUAAAUAUACAUCCCUAUUCUGUACCCCUUUAAAUAGAUCAACAAUAUAUAUUUGAAAAAAAACAGUACAAAAAUAACAUCUGUAUCAUUGAAAUAUACCCAAAUUAGCUACUCACUUCUAUUCCAUCUCUUAAGGUAUCCAAGGUCGUGAAUGAGGUGUAUCAUAUGUACAACAGGCAUCAGUAUCCCUUUGUUGUUCUUAAUAUCUGUGUCAAUUCAGGUGAGAUGUAUUGUCAUUUUAUAUAAAUAUCUUUAGACAAAUUACAGGCUAAUCUAUAGUGCUAUCCUGGUAUCGGUUCGUUCUGAAGAUCACUAUUUUAUUACAAUAUAAAAAUGCAUACCACCAGAGAAUUCUGAAAGCAAUUUUUACCUCUCAGUACAGAAUAAUAAAACAUAACAUUUUAUCAAUUGAUUAGUGUUUGAUAUAUGGGGUAAUUGUAUUUCUUGUGAAUUAUAGGUUCAUGUAUGCCCCAUAAAAUGCCUUCAUAUAAAUGCCUUGUGUUGCUGGCUUCUAUCCACUAUAGGAGGAUAAUGUGAAAAUUGAGGUUUGUUUUUGUUCUGUAAUCAUUAUUUACCAUCCAUAGGAUAAUAAAAUGAUAGCCUUAAAAUUGUCCCUUACUUAAAUACAGGUCGGAUAGAAAUCCUGGAUAUUUUAAUUAAUUCACAAAUAGCGGAAGAAGCUUAGAACCUGUUUUGUUCAUCAAAUGAAUGUGAUUUUAUUUGCAGAAUGCGUUGAUAUCAAUGUCACGCCUGACAAGCGGCAGAUUUUGUUACAAGAAGAAAAGCUGUUACUUGCAGUCCUUAAAACCUCAUUGAUUGCCAUGUACAGUGGUAAUGUGAAUAAGCUUGAUGUGAAUCAGACUCUGCAGGAUGCCAUAGGUAUGCCAAACAAAUAAAGUGAUUGCUUUUUUUUUUUUUAUAAAUUCUUUAUUUUUCGGGUUUAGGUGAGGUAAAGGGUACAGAAUAAAGGUAGGGGUGGGGUAGUAGUGUCAUUCAAUAGAUUUACAGUUUUGUUUCAACUCAAUGGCAUUAGUACGAUUUAUUGCGAAACCUCAGAACAGUCUUCCGGGUUAAGUGGUACAGUUUUGUAUGUCUCAGGUGAAGGUUGUCACUUGGCUUCGCGUCCUGUCGUCUUCGUCUCUGAGAGCGUAUGUGGCUCUUCCUGUGUUGUGUUUGUCAGGUUUUUGAAAGUGAUUGCUUUUUUAGCACUUCAUGUUAUGAGAAAACAAAAGAACACAGAUUAGAGCUAACACAUUGCUGUUUUUUAAUCCAGUAUAUGUGUGUGUGUGUGUGUGUGUGUGUAUGUAUAUAUAUAUAUAUAUAUGUAUGUAUAUUGUAAAACAUGCAAUAUCCCAUGUACUUUCUUGUUGGCCUGAUGGUGACGGAGAAAUAAGUUUACAAUAGUUAACUAUAACUCACCUGUUUGUCUUGUCUGAACAUUUGAAUAUUUCCAAACCACUUGUUUCUCUUACAUUAGGCAACAUCAGAAAUGUAAGCUCAGAUAGCUUUGAAUCGUCCAUCGCAGGACUAACAAAUGCAUUUGAUAAAGGUACACUUUCUAUCUCUAAACUAAGAGAGGCCUUCUCCAUUCAUCACAAAACUCAAAGUAACUCACAACAUGCAAAACUCAACAAAGGACACAUCCCAUCUCCAAGUCAAAAGACUCUUCAAGCUUUUUUUUGUGUUUCUUCAAAAGAUCAAAAUGGUGUUUCCCAAACUGUUCCCUGUACAAGUCCUGAAAAAAGAGAACCAUUGACUCCAAACCUUUCUCAGAAAAAUAUAUCUUUCGAAAGUGAUUGUGAUUCUGGGAGGGUAACCACUACCGCACCAGACUUUGAUGGAGACCCCAGUAUCCCUGAGAUCUUAAGUAACCAAAGCUCUGAAGCUUUGACUGACUCUCCUGACUCACCGGUGGACAAUGGAGAAGUUGGUCCACCUGUAGUCCUUGACAAUCCUCAAAAUAUGAAAUCUGAAUUCAAGGAGGAUGGGUCAGAAAGUGUGUCAGAAAAAGGACAAUUGUAUAUUGAUGGUUGUAUUCCAAAUUCCAAGCGUAUAAAAAUGCAAGAUAAUCCAGUCCCCAUCGUCAACUUUACAUCAGGCAAAUUGCAAGCAGACACAGUAGACGCACCAAUAAAUAUCACUAAGAGAACUGUGCCCUUGCAGUUCUCAAUGAGCCAUCUAGCUAAAAGAAUCAAAAGGCUAAACCUUCAGCAAACUGAGAGAGAGGAAUCCGAGAAGUAUCGCCGAUUCAGAGCAAAAAUAAACCCAAAUGAGAAUCAGGCUGCUGAAACUGAAUUAAGGAAAGCAAUCAGGUAACUUUCUGUUUAUUUCAGGUUUGUGCUGGAUGUAUAUCAUUAUUAACGAAGAACAGAUGCCUGUGUUUUUUGAAGGUUUCUUUCUGAAUAUAUUAAUGCCUAUACAUUCAAGGUCCUUUGCGUAAGCAAACGCUUAAGCUACUAUGGUGAUUUCCUUACAAUUCCAUGAUAUACAAGAUUAUUUUAUUUUGGCUACCAAACAAUUAUCUGGCAACUGAUAAUGGUGAAAAUCCAAAUGCUUGAAUUUAAUUUUAUAUUUUUCACUAAUUAGUAUUCUGUUUGCCAUUCAUAUUUCUAAACCUCUGCACUGUUUUCUUUCGUUUAGAUUUUGUAUAGCAUAUCAUCAUCAUGGAUAAUCCUAGUUUUAUACCAUGUUUUAUUUCAUUGAAAUCUAUGGAGUGUUUUACUGAUUUUAGGGAAAUCGGAAAUGCUUUGCCUUCUAACUGUCUGACUUCUUAACUUCGUAGUAAAGAAAUGUUUGCAAAAAUGGAAAUUAUCGGCCAGUUCAAUUUGGGAUUUAUAAUAACCAAGCUGGACUCCGACCUAUUCAUAAUUGAUCAACACGCAACAGAUGAGAAAUACAACUUUGAGAUUUUGCAGCAGACUACAGUUUUACAAGGACAGAGACUUAUUGCGUAAGUUACACUUGGUUUUGUACUGGGUACUUGACCUUGUUUUUUAAAGUAGAGAUUGCACUUGCACAGCGAUGUACCAUUGACGCUGCAGCUUAAGUUCUGACCCAAAAUGUAUUUGGGACACAAACUGAUGAGCGUUACAUAGAAGGUCCCGUCCUUCUGUACAUAAAAUUCAUACACUACAGGAAAUCAGUUGAGUAAUAAGGGCAAGAUACGUAGCGCUGUACAAUGGGUGGACGAAUAGACACGUAUUUGUAACCAGACAAGUUGGAUUCACAAGUACAGAGGGAUUGAGGGCCCUGCUCAAUGAGCUUACAUGCUAGAGGGAGUGGGGUAUAGUGACACAAAAGUUAAGGGUAGGUUAGAAAAAUAGGUUGCUGGGAUAAUAUUCAUUGAGGGCUUAGUGUUUUGUUUUGAUGACAGUUUCAGGAGAUGAAUCAGGUUGCGGGGAGGGAAAGCUGUUCACAGCUUUCCUAAAGAAGUAAGUUUUCAAAGAUUUUUUUUUUUUUUAAGGAGUGGAGAUUGGUUGAAAGUCUAACAGGGAGGGGAAGGGCGUUCGAUAGGAACGGUCCAGCCCUAGUGAAGUCUUUAAGGUGAGCAUCAGAGGUAGGAGUACGAACAGAGGUUAGAUGUAGGUCUCCAGCAGAGCGUAGGGGCCUAGAUGGGACAUAUUUGUGUAUUUGUGAGGAUAAGUAGGUCGGAGCAGCAUUGUGUAGAGAUUUGUAAGCAAGUAUCAGGAUCUUAAAUUGAGUCCUAUAUUUUGUGGGAAGCUAAUGUAGGGACUGACAAAGGGGGGAGGUGCGUGCGGACAGGAAGAUGAGCCUCGUCGCCGCAUUAAUUAUAGACUGUAACGGGGCAAGUUGGGAACAUGUAAGAACACUGAGAAGUCAAGACGAGACAGCGGCAUGGACAAGCACCUUUGCUGUAUAAGGUGACAAAUAGGGUCGGAAGCACGCAAUGUUUUUGAGAUGGAAGCGUCAGGAUUUGGCAAUUGAUUGGACAUGAGGUUCGGGAAGAAGAGGUCGGAGUCAAAGAGAACACCUAGGCAGCAAGCCUGAGAGGUAGAGUGGAUGGUAGUGCCAUUGACUUGGAGGGACGCAGACAAGGGAGUAGCAACACCUGAGGGAGGCAAGACCAGAAGUUCUGUUUUGGAGAGGUUCAAAUUAAGGAAAUGAGCAACCAUCCAGUUGGAAAUAGCAGAGAGGCAGUCAGAAACACGAUUCAGGGGAGGACAGAUACAUUUGCAUGUCACUCACAUAGAAAUGAUACUGGAAGCCAAAAGAGCUGAUGAGUUUACCAAGGGAGGCAGUGUAGAUUGAGAUCAAUAGGGGACCAAGGACAGACCCUUGGGGAACACCAACAGAGAGGGAUUGGGGAGAAGAGGCAGAGCCAGAGAAAGAAACACUGAAUGAGUGUUGGGAGAAGUAGGAAGAGCACCAGGAGAGAGCGGUAUCUCGUAGACAGAGAUUACUGGGGAUGAUAAGAAGCUGUUGAUGAUCAACAGUGUCAAAAGUAGCAGUAAGGUUGAGGAGAAUUAGGAUAGAGUAGUGGCCAUGAGAUUUAGCAGUGAUAAGAUCAUUGUAUACUUUGGUCACAGCUGUUUCAACAGAGUGAGGAGCGCAGAAUCCAAAUUGAAGCGGGUGAAGCAGAGUUGGACUCGAGGAAGUGUGUCAAUCUCGCAUACACAACUCGCUCAAGGUUCUUGUAGACAAAUGGCAGAAGUGAGAUAAGGCGUUAGUUGGACAGGGAAUUGGGGUCAAGGUUGGGCUUUUUCAGAAACGGGGUUACGGUUGCAUGUUUGAAGAGUAAAGGAAAUGUGCCAGAGGAGAGGGAGAGAUUAAAACUUUUAGUGAGAGGCAGAGCAAUAGGAGACAAAGAGUGGAUGAGAUACGAGGGAAUAGGAUCGAGGGAAUAGGUGAUGGGGUUGGAGGAACGGAGCAAAGCAGAAGCCUCUUCUGCUAUAGCGGGGGCAAAUGAGCAUAGGACUGCUGAGUGGGUGUGGUUUUGGGGAAAAGUUGGUAGUGAAUGGAGAGAGAUGAGUGAUCUCUUCCCUGAUUGUAGAAGUCUUCUCAGUGAAGUCAGUUGCAAAGUUUGUGAGGGUCAAGUUGGUAGGAGGAGGAGGCAUGACCAGGCAAAGAAGAGUUAAAAGCAUGAAACUGUCAUUGGGGCUCGUGGGAGAGUGUGUAUUAGUUUUUCUUUUGAAGAGGAAAGAGCCAGACUGUAGGAGCGCAGCAUAGAUUUAUAGUGGAGGAAGUCAGACGUAGAGUGAGACUUUCUUCAGCAGUUCUGGAACAUUUUUGGAGGUAUCGGGUCAGCUUGGUGUGCCAGGGUUGUAAUUGGGGGGUGCUUAGUGCGUUUAAGUGUAGGAUCUGCCAUGAGAGAGGAGAGAGUGGAGUUGUAAAGGGAGAUUGCAGUUUUAGGGACGGUGAGAUUUCAGAUGGGUGAAAGGAGACUUUGGAGGUUGGUGAAGAAUUGCUGUAGGUCAAGACAAUGGAGGUUUCUGCAAGACUGAUGUUGUGAGGGAGGUGAACUUUGGGUACAUGGUAUGCGGAUGUCAAUGGACAGCAGAUUGUGGUCAGAUGGAAAUGGAACGAUGGAAAUGGAGAGAUUAGAGGUGGUACAGAGUUUGGUGAAGAUGAGGUCAAAGAGUGUUUCCUGCUCUAUCAGUUGAUGAAUUAGACCACUGUGUGAGUCCAACGGAGGAGGUUACAGAGAGCAGACGAGAGGCAUCAUGAUAUGGUUAUGGUAAUAGGAGUUCCCCUCUACAUCCCUGACAGCUGGAAUCUCUCUGGAGUUAAGCCUUAUGGUGCGCUCUUCACCAUGGCUUUGCUCUCCAUACUGGAAGAAGAAAGGCAGAGAGCGGGCUCCCAACAGACCCAAAGUAAAAAGUCAAAUCGUUAGCAAAAGGUUUGGCUGCGUACACUGGGAGAAGCACCAGUGGGAGUUGUUGUGGUUAUGGUGCUUGGAGUGUUUCUUAAAUAUUGGGCCUGCAUCCAUUUUUACAAUGUCUGUUCAUGAUCAAUCAAGAUCACUGAGCAUUUGCAGCAAAAAAGAAACUCUCUCUCCACUGAGAAACAUGGGACUUAACCAAAUAUUAUCAGUUUAAAAGUGGAAUUAUUGUACCUCCUAUAAAUGUAUAAUUUUUAUUUCUAUGUGUUUCCAGGCCACAGACCUUGAGCUUAACGGCUGUGAAUGAAUGUGUUCUUAUGGACAACCUAGAAAUAUUCAAGAAAAAUGGAUUUGAUUUCAUAUUUGAUGAAAAUGGUAAGUAUAGAAUGGAUUACCUAGCUUACCCUAAACUCCUAAACUCCAAGUUGUUAUUCACUUAACAGUGACAUGUAGUAAAUUAUAUAGAUAAAUAGUGAUACAGGCUGGAAAACCUCAAACUUAUGGAGUUCAGCAUUUGAUGCAGAUCCCAAAAAAGUGGAAAAACUAUUUUUAAGUGAUUUCCAAUUCAGCCACAAAAUGAGUAAAAAUAAAUAAAUACAUUCUGUACAGUGGCAGCCUCAUAGUAACAACAACUUGUUACCCCACAUAUUAACUAUUAUAUUUUUAAAUCCAAAAUUAACUUCAUAAACCACACGUUUCCAGCUUAAACGAACGGAUCCAUGGUUGUAAUACUCGUGCACAACAAAUGAGGAUAAUCUGGCUUCUAUUUGUUUAUUUUCUGUUGAUUUCUUAUUUUUAUUAGUGUUUUAAUUUUUUUUUUUUUUUUUUAUUAAUCUGGGAUUUAUGUUUAUGACCAUAGCCUCAAUUUUUAAUAUUUUCUUGAAUAAGCUUGUCAAAUGAUUUAAUAUUUUUUGAUAAACUUUUAGAAUGAUUUAAUAUUAUGAAAACUUGUUCAAUAUUUAAUUGUGUUAUAUUGAUAUAUUUUUAAAUAAUAAGUUAUUAUAAUUUUUUUUAAUAUAAUAGAAAAAGUAAUUUCAUUAUCCAAAAAUAUUAAAUAAUUUGAAAAGCUUGUCUAAUAAUGUUAAAUUGAGAGCCACCGGUAGAAUGUUGGAUCAGCUGAGUCCUUGGUUUUCAUGUGCCUUGGAUUUGCACUUUUGUACUUUGAGAUGCUGUAAUAAAGAUGGAGGCGAGUAAAAUUUGACCUCAUUCCAUUAAAGAUUUAUUGUGGUUGCCUUCAUCUCAAUGUCCUAAGGCGGUAGACUUGUUUCCCUCCACUAAAUUAAACCUUAAAAUGUGGAACUUUUUAUUCAGAAAAAUUUGACCACCUGCCAUGUGGUCAAGGGCUACACCAUUAUCAGCUAUACGUUACGCUCUACCUGAAUUGGAUGUAGAUUACUGGGCCUCUCAUUUGAUUGUCCAAAAUGAUAAUUUAUUUUCCUCCAAUAGCCUUCUGCCUUUUGAUCAACUAAAAGAAAAAUGUAAAUUAAGGGUCAUGAUCUUGUGCAGGUCAGAUAGGAGACUUAUGCCAGGGUUGACUUCAGGUACUUUAUUAGUCAUUUUAGAAAUAUUAUGAAACUUAAGAGAAAACAGAAUUUAGGUAAUAUGCCACAAAACAGUAUACUUGCCACAGAACAGGUUACUUGAAAAUAAUUAAGAAAGUCUGAGAUCUCCAGGUAGGGUUGAAACAGAGGCAGGCUGGUAACAGUGGCAGGUUGGUAUCAGUGGAAGGCUGGUAACAGAGGCAGGCUGGUUUGAAGUAUCGGUAAGGAUGGAGCAGGUUAGUGUUAGGAGCAGGUUUGAAGGGAAGUGAAGAUAAAUGAAGAUAAAAUCAUAGUUGUCAGGAUACGAUCCUGACAUUAAGUUUAAUUGAUGCCCAAACACAUGAGUGACAAUAAUUAGUGAACAUUUCACUCUUUCCGAUCAGGAUCCAAAGUUGUUGAAACUGGAUAUGACAAAACUAGAAGAAAUUUAUUUAAUGGAUCCUGUUCGGAAAUAAAGCAUCUCCAUGUGUUAUUAUAUUUUUGCAGGUGACAUGUAUGAUAAAUUGAACUACAUGUUAAAGUGGGAGGGUGAACUGGGUGGGAUAUACACCGUAGAGGAGUGGAAUAAUUUCUUAUCAUUAAAAGGUAUCACUCAAUGCACAAAUCAUUUGGAAUCCCACUACAAAUUAAUUUAUCGAUGGUAUCUAACCCCUUCUAAACUUUUUAACUUAAAUCUUAGAGAAAACAAUAAAUGUUGGAGAAACUUCGGUCAUACUGGUCCAUUGUUCCACUUCUAUUUGUGUCCCAAAAUUAAAUCUUAUUGGCUGAAAAUUCUCAAAUUAAUCAAAUAUUAGAAUUCGAUGUAGUUUUAUCCCUGUGUCUUUGUCUCUUUAGGCAAAUUCCUUCUAACCUGCCUAGAUAUAAACAAAUUAUAUUAGGCCAUCUUUUAAUCUCGGCAAAUUCUAUCUUCUCUCAACUCUGGAUAUCACCCACUAUACCACCAGUUGGUGAAGUCUUAUCUGUAAUAUUUGAAAAUAAAAGAUGUGAAUUAGCUUUCCGUGAACCAUCUACCUUCACAUCUAUACUGCAGCAUGAAUGGUCCAUGUGGGAAGAUGGUGUGAAAAAAGAAUUCGGACUUUAACCAUUUUCCCACCUGACUGACUGAAUGCUUGGUCUACUUACUGGCUUUGUGUUUGGUACCAUGUUAACUUAUUCUUUGAAUUUAUUUUCACAUCUGUACAUACUUUAUUUACCUCAUUUAUAUAGGAAACAAUAAUUUGUAUGUGUAUUUUACUUAUUUAUCAGUUUUAUUUGACAACAGUUCAUACAUUAUUGUAUUUGUCAUUAUAUUAUUUUAUACUAUUUAAAAAAAAUAAAAAAAAACACUGAUUAAUAAAUAUAUUAGAUGAGAUGCUGUAAUACCUGUGGUCUGCUAUAAAGAAAUAUCUAUUGAAAUAAUAAGAAUAAUAACAAUAAGCUAUUGGUUUUGUUUAACGUUUAUAAAACUUGGACAGCGACAUUCAGAAUCAUUUAUUUUAUUGUAUUACAGCAAUUGUCAUGGAACGGGUCAAGUUAAUUUCUCUACCGACAAGCAAAAACUGGACUUUUGGCCAACAGGAUAUAGACGAGCUGAUCUUCAUGCUGAGUGACUCUCCGGGAGUUAUGUGCAGACCAUCGAGAGUAAGACAAAUGUUUGCCUCUCGCGCCUGUAGGAAGUCUGUAAGUAAACAGAUUGUUUUUAUGAAUUAACACAAAAUUAACAACAAAGGAUCUCUAACAAAAGAGAUAUUAAGUCUGAUGAAGUUAAGAAUGAUGCUUUGCAACAUGUGCAUCGGUUAACCGUUAAGAAAUACAAAAUUAAUAAAGUACCUAAACAUCUUUAAUAGUGUUACUUAUUGUUGCUCAAGUCCUUCACUACAGCAGUCUGUAUAAAAUAGAAAAAUGUCCUCCCUUAGAAUUUAUUAAAUGUGUGGUCAAUGGAGUUACAACAAUCCUAAAAUAUUUACCGUAUACCAUUAAAUUACAAGAUGUACUUUGAGGUAAGCAGACAAUACUAAUUGCCUCUUCUGCAUUUGAAGCAACAUGUAUACCUUAUCUUUCUUUGUUUAAGUACAAUUAAAUCAUCUUAAAUAUUAACGGUAUCAAACGGUUACCAAAUAAAAAUUCAAGAAAAAAUUACAAAGAAGGGAAACCCAAAGGAUAAAAUGGAUUUAAAAAACAAAACAAACCAACAAACAUUAUCAAUAUGGGAAAGUCAUGGCUGUAGGCUAAAGCAACCUAUAUCGGGGGAGAUUGUCACCUAAGGUGUAACCUGGAUAAUUCUAUUUAUAGCUUCUCUGUCCUUGAACAAAAUCGUGUAUCGUGUCUACAAGCUAUAACACUCUUAAUUCUUUGACAUGUAUGGAUGUUUUUAUAGCUUUUAAUGUGCAUUUUAGUUAUUUAAGAGAGACUGUGUCGCGGGUUGCAAGGUCAAUUAGUGUCCCUUGGUCAAAGCUUCUCUAAACCUUCGCUAGUCCUGGAUUGUGCUACAGCAUACAGUGAUUAUAACCCUCUGGAACCUUGUAAAACUCCCUAAUAUAAUGGACAAGACCAGUCGUAUUGGGUAAAACAAGAGAUCUGUUUAUUUCAGAGAAAAAAACAUGUAUAUGUAUUCCCCUACACACAACAGGGGGUCUCUAGCCAGAACAAUGCAAACCACUCCCUGGUGUCUUGGUGUCUGGGACAUAAUUAGGUCAAGACAUGAUAAUUUAAUUUCUUGCUGGACACCAAGACACACAGCACAAUACCUUUUACAUAAUAUAAUUAACACUUUGCUUUCAUCCAGCCCAACAUUUUACAUAAUAACUCAACAUUAACACAAUGUAUCCCCACAUCCUAUAUAUCAUUUUAAAGUCUGUGACCAUGCCCAUAGUCUGUGGGCUGGAGGCUAGCUGUUAUGUCUCUCCAGCAGGCUGUGGCACGGGAGCUUUCAUGACACACACACUGCACCAAAACCACUUCUACUUUCUUGUAUGAGUUAUGGCAUUAAAAAAAUGUUCAGAAAAAUUCCCUUGAGUUUUUUUUAUUUGCUCUUCAGUAUGCAGUACCCAAUACCCACAGACAAAAUGUGGGGAAUCAUAACAAGUACUUGUAUUGCAUGAACAUCACUCUACUUAAAGGACCGCUAUAGUGCCAGGAAAACAUACUUGUUCAUACUUGUUUUCCUGGCACUAUAGUGCCCUGAGGGUGCCCCCACCCUCAUGGACCCCCUCCCGCCCGGCUCUGGAAGGGGGAAAGGGGUUAAAACUUACCUUUUUCCAGCGGUGGGCGGAGAGCUCUCCUCCUCCGAUCCUCCCCUUCUCCUCCCAUGCAGCUGAAUGCACACGCUCGGCAAGAGCUGCGCGCGCAUUCAGCCGGUCACAUGACCUCGGUGCUGGGUCAGGCUCCGCCCACACUCCUCCCCCGCCUACGUCAGCCGGCGGGAGAGACCUAAUACGCAUUUCCCAGUCUUAAAGUUUAUGCCUAAAAAGUGAUUAUUCUUAAUUCUAGUUUUGUAGGUAUAACCAUGGUAACAUGCUAUUUUCAUUGCACAGGUGAUGAUCGGAACAGCUUUAAAUGCUCAUGAAAUGAGGAAGCUUGUGACUCACAUGGGUGAAAUCGAGCAUCCUUGGAACUGCCCGCAUGGACGACCAACUAUGAGACACAUUGCUUGUUUAGACAUGAUUUCUCAGGACUGACUUAUUUAUUUCUAUACUUUUUCUACCCUUUUCUUCACUGGCACUAUCUUAUUUUAAGAAGGAUUUGAACAUCCUAUAUAAAUGUUAUAUAAUGUGUAUGUUCUAUAUUUACAAUAGGAUUAGUUUUAAUUCAAUUUAACAUGUCUUGGAUGCAGGAACAGCCUUGAUCUCUUUGUAUAAUGCAGCUCAAAGAUUGUUUGGAGUUUUUUGUUUUUUUUUAUAUAUAUACAUUUUAAUUUCUUAAAUAAAAAAAAUGCUUUAAAAGUACAGUUUAGUUUUUAUUGCUUAUAUUAAUAUAUAAUUUUAUAUUAAAAUAACAGUGAAGCUCAUUAUUUUAAUUAAAAGUGCUUAAUUGUUCUGUAUCAUUUAUAUCACAUGAUUUAUUUUUUAAUUGGGGUUAGUACUUGGUUUAGGGUUUGUUGCCCAAUAUUGGAGGCUGUUACACUCCCGCAGAGCACGUGUCGCUAUUAUUAUUAUUAUGAUAUUUAUAGAGCGCCGUCAAAUUCUGCAGCGCUUUACAAUGGGUGGACGAACAGACAUGUAGUUGUAACCAGACAAGUUGGACACACAGGAACAGAGGGGUUGAGGGCCCUGCUCAAUGAGCUUACAUGCUAGAGGGAGUGGGGUAAAAUGACACAAAAAGGUAAGGAUAGUAUUAGACUAAUGACAGUUGCAGAAGAGGAAUCAGUCAGGAGCUAUUUCCCAAUGAUAAUAUGCCAUGAUAACAACUGGGGAAACAGAAUUCAGCCUUUUCUGUCUCCUCAGCUCCUCUAUAUCGUUAUUGGAAGACAGUGGACUAGUUUCUGCAUCCUGGGAGGUUCAGCUCAUCUCGAUGAUGUCGUCUCUGGCAAUGCAGUAUAUGAUUUAACUACAUGAUCGUCUAUUGAAAUAACGAGCAGAUAAUGUCUAUAUAAUCAAUCUAUAAUUUAAAAUAUAUCUAAAAUUUAAAUUUUUUUUCUUGCAAAGGGGCAAGUGGAAAUUGAGUCCUGGCCAGAGAAUUUUAGAGGGGACAAGGGAGGUUAACAGGGACUUUUGAGGCUGCACAACCGGAGUCCCUAUCAGUGUAAUGAAUCAAAGUCACACCAAGCGUAACUUUUAAUUUUGGAGGCUUAUGUGUUCUAAUAAUGAUGAUAAUAAUAGUAUUAUAAUGUGUUAUAAUAUAAGCCUGGCUCUGCUCUCCAUACACAACAGGGAUGAGUGGAUGAUCUCCCACCAUGCACACAUUCACAUACACUCCCGCUUUCACUAACCCACUGUACAAAUAUAAGCCUGUAUAUUUUUAGCAAUGUGUGUAUGGCAAUUCUUGUUGUGCAAGUUGUCCUUCCUGCAUUUAUUCUUAAAAUAAUUUUUACUAUUGAACUAUUUGUUUAUCGAGAUUUAUGAGCUGUUUAGUGCUGUGCAGUUAUAAACCAGAUUAGUAGUGUUACUAAUCAGUAAUGAAAGGAGUUUGUUAUUGUUGCUCAAUAAAGCACCAGUUUGUUGUUGUUUUUAUAUAUAUAUAUAUAUAUAUAUAUAUAUAUAUAUUUGAAUAGUACCAGUCUGGUCUCUUAUAAUUAUUAUUUAUGAACAGUAACAGGCCAGUUUAUUAGUAGAAAUUUUGUUAAUCCAGUAAAGACGUGGUUUACUAUGUGAUUUCUGAGCAGUAAUGAGCAGGUUUACUCAGUAAUACGCAAAGGUUAUUAUUAUUAAAUAAACUAUUAAAAUUAUUAACUAGUGGCUAGUUUAUUAUUACUAUUUGGUAAUGAGACAGUUGAUCAGUAACAAGCCAGCCUAUUAUUGAGUUGUAAUCUGGUUUAUUUUUCUUAUUCGAUAGUAAGCGUUUUUUUUUCAAUAUUAAGCCAGUUUGACUGUUGUUUGAUAAUUAAACUGUAUCACUAUUGUUCAGUUAAUUAUUAAAGUUCAGCAAUAUGUUUAAUAUGGUUUGGUAAACUGGUUUAUAAUUUGUUAAUAAUCAAAAGAUUUAUUAUUAUUUAAUAAUAUCAUUAUAAUCAUAAGUAUUGUUUGGUUAUAAUGAUGUGGUAAGAAUAUUAUUAUUUUUAUUAUUAUUAUUACUGGAUGGGUUUUUAUUAUUUUUAAUUAUUAUUACUGGAUUUUUUUAUUUUUAUUAUUUAUUAUUAUUAUUUAUAUUUAUAUUAUUUAUAUUUUUAUUAUUAUUAUUAUUGGAUGGGGUAAUGCUCUGCUAUCAGUGAGCAGUGCAGGCCCCGCCCAUUCCCAGGCUGACACAGUGAAGGAGCGGGAAGGAGCAGCGUACCAAACCCCGCCCCCUGGCGUGGCCCUGCCCUGUUUCCGUGGUAACCCGGAUAUAGGCGGUGUGCGCAGGAUGUCGUAGUUCGGCCGCGAUUCCCGGCAGUCGGAGAUGGCGGCUGUGGUUCGGCGGGAGCGGGAUUAGCGGUGCGGACUGUGAGCAGGUACCCGGGGGAGGGGGCGGGCUGUAGGCCCGGGGGUGGGAGCAGACUGGCACACCGGCCGCCGUGGCUCUCGGUACCGGGUUUGUGGCGGGCUGUGAGGGGGGCCCAGCGCUGCCCUCUCUGAGCCGGGGAGUCCGGCAGGGUGUGUGUGCCCGGGAAUACAGCACGGGGUGUGACUGGGGACAUGGGAGGACAUGCUGUAACAAUGUGGCUUACCUUCCUCUCACUGGGGGGGCUGCACUGUCCGGGGGGGGCUGCCAGCUGCUGCUCUGCGUUAAUGGAGGGGGAGACAGCUGCUGGGUAUGGAUGGGGAGGGAGGGGGCAGCUGCGAAUGUGCAUGGCUAAAGGGGGAGACAGCUGCGGGUGUGUAUGGAGGAGGCAUGGAUAAGUGGGUGCUCCCAUGGAUUCAGGUGGGAGGGAUUCUGCCAUGGAUGGGUGCGGAGGGAGGGAAAAUUCUGGCAUGGAUGGAUGCAGUGGGGGCUGCAAUGAAUGCAGGGGGUGGAGGAGGCUGGGGUGGAUGGAUGCAGGGGGUGGAGGGGGCUGGGAUGGAUGCAGUGGAGGCUGGCAUGGAUGGAUGCAGGGGGUGGAGGAGGCUGGCAUGGAUGAAUGCAGUGGGUGGAGCAGGCUGGCAUGGAUGGGUACAGGGGGUGGAGGAGGCUGGCAUGGAUGGAUGCAGUGGGUGGAGGCUGGCAUGGAUGGCAUGGAUGGGUACAGGGGUGGAGGAGGCUGGCAUGGCUGGAGCAGGCUGGCAUGGAUGUACAGGGGUGGAGGAGGCUGGCAUGGAUGGAUGCAGGGGGUGGAGGAGGCUGGCAUGGAUGGCAGUGGGUGGAGCAGGCUGGCAUGGAUGGGUACAGGAGGAGGCUGGCAUGGAUGCAGGUGGGAGGGGCAUUUCUGGGAUGGAUGCUGGAGGGGGGUUUCAUGGAUGGAUAUAGGCAGCUGGGAUGGAUGCUGGGGAAGGCUGGCAUGGAAGCGGGGGUAGGACUCUGGCAUGAUGCAGGUGGGGGGAGGCUGGGAUGGAUGCGGGGGGAGGAGGGCGGCUGCGGGUGUGCAUGGAUGCAGGAGGGAAGCAAAGAUAAUUGGAUUGGCUGAGGGUGCUAGCGGUUAAAAACUUUUGUAGUUUUGGUCUUUGCUUCUACUAAUAGCAUCAUAGUCUAUCGCGGUUUGUUGUAUUUACGUUCCCUUUUAGUGUUCUACAAAAACAAUUUGUUUCGUGGUCCUUAUUUUGUGUUAAAGAUGUUGUAAUGCAGUCAGUGAAUUGUGCUGACUUGGCCAUCAGAUUUACAAAAUUUUAAACCAGAUUUUCAGCUUUCCUAUAAUGGUGUAAAUUCUGCGCUAAAUUCCAUGAAAUUAAAAGAAACUUCAGGCCAUCUACAGUUCCUGCUAUUUAAUAAAUAUAUAUAAUGUGUACAUAUAAUGUAUUCUUGAAUUAUGCUACUCCAAUCAUUCAUGAUAUGCUCCCUUGGAUAUCUUUUUAAAUGUCAAAUACUUUUAUAUCUAUACAGUAUUUUUGGAUCUCCAUGAAUAAAUGCAUUAAUGUAAAGCAUCUGAUCAGAGCAUCAUAUUGGUCUUACAAACUGAUGUUUAUUCAUUAAAAAUCGCUAACAAGUUAAUUGCAAGCUUUUGGGUCAAACUGCUGAGAAAUAUAUAAUAUACAACUGUCUGGCAUAAUAUUUUUGGUUAACUACUAUUUCUGGUGAAGAGACUGAACAUUCUGCAAUGCUUGGAUGUUGCCAAUACUUUGUCAGAAGGGCAGAUAUUCUAUGGCAGCUGAUACGUUCAAUUCCAAAACUAUAUUGAAGCAUAUCAGGGACAAAUAUGUUUACGGGGUGCAGUUCCAGAAUUUAUAUAUAAUAUAUUUCAGUAGCAUAAAUUAGAAUAGAUUGAGUCCACAACAGAAGUACAAACACCUUCUUUGUUGCCUAUGAUUUUAUGCACAUUAGAAAUGGUUUGAAAUUAAUUCCUGACCUGUUGCAGUCUGAAUUCUAAACUAGAAUAUUGACUUUGCUCUGUAGAAGCAAAAAUGUAUUGCUGAAUUUGUCAUUGGUAUUCUGUGCACCUGUACCAAAUAACUACAAUUCGGUAUGGAACACAGUUUAAGAUGUGUAUUCGCAAUAUGCCCAAUUUUGGUAAUACCCACUGGUAUUUGUCUAAAGACUGAAUCCAAGUGAUGUUCCUGUAUAAGGCUGACUUCUCUCUCUCUAUUUUUUUAUUUAUUAAACAGUAGAAUUAAAGGAAAACUGUCACGUCAAGGAUUUUGAAUAUUCUGUUUAGUUCUGCUCUAUUUUCAGAAAAUAUUUGGGGUCUAAAACUGUAGAAAUCUGCACUUUUGUUGUAAAAGUCUUCAUUAUGAAUGCUGCCCUCUUUUCGCCAUUAAACAUAUAUAGUGGAAGAGGAGAAACAAAGAGUGGGUUCUGUGUAAAGUGUCAGUUCUGAAAAGUGGUGCAAGCAUGUAGACUGGAACGAAGUCACUUGUUUCCAUGAUUACUGCCCAACUUUUUUGUGUUUUAUGGCCUCCUUCUCACUUGCAUUGUGUGUUUGCAUAUUCAUCUUUAAAACCUAGCACUAGGUGGAGGGGGAAAAAAAAGUCCAUGUUGGCUCGAGUCCGGUUACUUACCUGUGUUUAAUCUAAACCCAAGAUGGCAAUUGCCUAGAGGGAACUGCCUUGCAAAUAUUUCCCAUUGCGCUGCAUUGGAAAGUCUGCGAUUGGACAGCUACAGAAAGUUUGGUCUGUGGAAGUAGGGGUAGGGCCUUGCAAAGGCUGUGUUUUAGAUGUAAACGUGUGUGUGUUUUGGAGUAUAUUUUAUUAAAUAGUGGUUUAUUUUUCUUCUCUAUUUGACAGUUUAUUGAUGAUUAGUGUCAAAAUAGGAAAAAUCCUCCCAGUUAUCUAUAUUUCCAGUUUGCCAAUUCUGGUCCUAAAAGGAUACUUUAGGUACCUAAAGUACUUCAUACUUUACGUGUCCUUAGCACUACCAUGUAAAACACUGCACUGAUUACAUUGAGAACUGCAAUAACUUUCAUUUCAGCACUAAGACUGUGCCUAGUGGCUGUCUACCAGAUUUGACUCUGUGAAAUGCCAAUGGACAUCCUCUCACUCUGAAUGAGGAUGUCCAGGGUUAGAGAAACACCAUAGGAAAUCAUUAAAGGACCACUCUAGGCACCCAGACCACUUCAGCUUAAUGAAGUGGUCUGGGUGCCAGGUCCUUCUAGGGUUAACCCAUUUUUUCAUAAACAUAGCAGUUUCAGAGAAACUGCUAUAAUUAUGAAUGGAUUAAGCCUUCCCCCUGUUUCCUCUAGUGGCUGUCUCAUUGACAGCCACUAGAGGCGCUUGCGUGCUUCUCACUGUGAUUUUCACAGUGAGAGCACGCAAGCGUCCAUAGGAAAGCAUUGUAAAUGCUUUCCUAUGCGACGGGCUGAAUGCGCGCAGCUCUUGCCGCGCGUGCGCAUUCAGCCGGCGGGGCGGAUCGGAGGCGGAGAGAAGGAGAGCUCUCCGCCCAGCGCUGGAAAAAGGUACGUUUUUACCCCUUUCCCCCUUCCAGAGCCGGGCGGUAGGGGGACCCUGAGGGUGGGGGCACCCUCAGGGCACUAUAGUGCCAGGAAAACGAGUAUUUUUUCCUGGCACUAUAGUGGUCCUUUAAGGCAAUGCUUUCCUUUGUAAAAAGAAUGAUGUGCGCUGCAGAUUUGUUUCCCCCCCUCCCGAGGUGGCAGGCCGCGACCCAGUGCCAAGAGUCCUCUACGCUGGAAACAGCUAAGUGAAUAAACAACGCUAGAGGGGGAGGGAGCUGAGGAAUACAGUGUUGGGAUAUACAUCUUGUAUUCCUAAAACUAACCCAUUCCUUUAAAUGUGAAAUUCACUGUGCAUAUCUGACAGAUCUCACAUUUGUUAAAUAACUGAAUGUUGGACAAGAUAAUGCAGAAUUUAAUUUCUGCAUUCGCAGAAUGGUAGGUGAGUGCUUGGCAUGAGGUGUUCCAAGAGCCUUGUUUGUUUUUCAGAAUAACUUGUCGUGUAAGUGAUUCAUUUGUUGGCAAAUCUCUUAUCCCUACAAAACAGGUCUCUGUAAGCCAGUAUUAUCACUGCUCUCUUCCAGUUUUCUCUUCUCUUAUAUCUUUACCUUUUCUUUACUGUGUAGUUUAAUUGCUUGCACUCGGCAGAGUUAUGUGCCUGUGCUGGACUAUGCUGCUGACAAACAUGCUGUUGAUGAAAAUGGUUACUAAAUAUAAGGUCUGAUAGAGCAGGUGAUAUUGUUCAAGGGUGUUACUGGCCUUCCCCAUUGUGUGCCAGCAGUGACUGGUAGCUAUGUGCCGCCCUCAGAAUGUGUUCUCAUUUAGUUUUGCUUUAAGUAGAUAUUUUGUAUUUAUUAUGAAACUGAAAGAAACUUUCCACUGUUUGUAAUGUUAAGGAUUUGUCUGGUCCUAACAGAACAUUUAAAAUAUGCAAAAAUGAUUGCUUUUCCAUAUUUUCCCCCAACCCACAAAACCUUUGCCACUGCAUCCCACAUUUGAAACCCUUACACAAUUUCAGCUUUUUAUUGACCAUUACUGCUUCCUCGCCCACGUAUGCUCCACCUUUCCCCAUUCCUUGUCUAUCCCUCCAGGUCUCCACAUUCAAGAUUUCUACAAGCCGUUGGUGAGUGCGAAUGUAGCCCUGGAGGGUAUACAGGUGAUACUCAAAAAAUUUGAAUAUCGUGCAAAUGUUCGUUUAUUUCAGUAAUGCAACGUAAAAUGGGAAACUAAUAUGAGACGCAUUACAUGCAAAGCAAGAUCGUUCAAGCCGUAAUUUGUCAUAACUGCGAUGAUUAUGGCUUACAGCUCAUGAAAACCCGAAAUCCACAAUUUCAGUAAAUUAGAAUAUUACAUGCAAUCAAUAAAACAAGGAGUGUACAUAGAACAAUAUCGGACCUCUGAAAAGUAUAAGCAUGCAUAUGGACUCAGUACUUGGUUUGGGCUCCUUUUGCAGCAAAUACUACCUCAAUGUGGCGUGGCAUGGAAGCUAUCAGCCUGUGGCACUGCUGAGGUGUUAUGGAAGACCAGGAUGCUACAAUAGCGGCCUUCAGCUCUUCUGCAUUGUUCGGUCUCAUGUCUCUCAUCUUUCUCUUGGCAAUGCCCCAUAGAUUAUCUGUGGGGUUCAGGUCAGGCGAGUUUGCUGGCCAAUCAAGCACAGUAAUCCCACGGUCAUUGAACCAGGCUUUGGUGCUUUUGGCAGUAUCGGCAGGUGCCAAUUUCCUGCUGGAAAUUGAAGUCAGCAUCCCCAUAAAGCUAGUCGGAAGGAAGCAUGAAGUGCUCCAGAAUCUCCCGGUAGAUGGCUACGUUGACCCUUGACUUAAUGAAGCACAGUGGACCAACACCAGCAGAUGACAUGGCUCCCCAAUCAUCAGACUAUGGAAACUUCAUACUGGACUUCAAGCAUCUUGCAGUGUGUGCCUCUCCAUUCUUCCUCCAGACUCUGGGUCCUUGGUUUCCAAAUGAGAUGCAAAAGUUGCUCUCAUCAGAAAAGAGGACUUUGGACCACUGAGCAACAGAUCAGGUCUGUUUUUCUUUAGCCCAGGUAAGACGCUUCUGACGUUGUUUGUUGUUCAGGAGCGGCUUGACAAGAGGAAUACGACAUCUGACGCCCAUGUUCAGGAUCAGUGUGUGGUAUGCACCGACUCCAGCCUCAGUCCACUCCUUGUGAAAGUCCCCAACACUUUUGAAUGGCCUUUUCCUGACAGUCCUCUCCAGGCUGCGGUCAUCUCUUCUGCUUGUGCACCUUUUUCUUCCACACUUUUUUCCCUUCCACAUAACUUAAACGUGCUUUGAUACAGCACUUCGGGAACAUCCAACUUCCUUCGCAAUUACCUUUUUUGAGGCUUUCCCUCGUUAUGGAGGGUGUCAAUUAUGGUUUUCUGCACAACUGUCAGGUCAGCAGUCUUCCCCAUGAUUGUGAUUCCUACUGAACCAGACAGAGACCAUUUAAAGGCUCAGAAACCCUUUGCAGGUGUUAUGGUUUACUUAGCUGAUUAGAGUGGGACACUGUGAGCCUAGAAUAUUGCACCUUUUCACAAUAUUCUAAUUUACUGAGAUUGUGGAUUUGGGGUUUUCAUGAGCUGUAAGCCAUAAUCAUCACACUUAUGACAAAUCACGGCUUGAACGAUCUUGCUUUGCAUGUAAUGUCUCUCAUAUAUUAGUUUCCCCUUUUACAUUGCAUUACUGAAAUAAUUGAACUUUUGCACGAUAUUCUAAUUUUUUGAGUAUCACCUUUUCUAUGCCUUGCAGUGGGGAGUAACUUUUAAGACCUGGGUAGUAGUAUAGAGCUACAUACUAUGCCCUGUAUAUAUUCUCAUACAAAGCUUUUAAACAAGUAUGGUCGGUUCAAAGUGUAAUCAAGCAAUGGGUCCCAGGAGUGCUUUUUAUUUAUUUAUUUAACUUUUAUUAAAGUAGUGAAUAUGCAUAGUUUGACUACUUAAAUGGUAUCACAGAGUAGGUUAAACAAUUUUAAAAAUAAAUGGGGAAAUAAAACAAAACUUGGUAGCUGAUCGCAAUUAAACUAUGCCAAAAACUUAUAUUCGCAUAAUUGAACAGUAAAAACAAGACUGCUGUUUUAGCAUAGCCUCGGAGUAUCUAGCAGGAGGUAUUUGUUAGUUAUCCUAUGCCCAGGCAGGGAAAGAUGUAUGGGCAGAUUUGAUUCAGUCCAGUGUUACAGGCACACUCCCAGCUCCAUGUCUGUUUAGGAACCUUUACAGAAUAUCUGAUUACUGCCAUUACCCCGUUUGUGUAGGCAAUGUCCCAAAUCAGACACUUUUAACAAAGAGCCCCUUAGGAAUAUGGAUGUUGUGCAGGAAUAAGGAACCAACUUGCCACAGCAGAAACAGGAGCCAGCUGAACUGACGAUAAAGGGGGAUAAUGUGCCCUCACCUCUAGUCUGUGCCUGAAGCGAUUACAUGUGGCAUCAAAAGCUUCCUCUCAUCUCUGAGGGUUUACCUCUGUCGAGGUCUGUACAUCAGCCAAUUUGGUGGCCAUCUUGGGUUGCCCAUAAUAUGUUGCUUGUUUUAGGACCAGUAACGAGAAUAUGAAAUCUGCACUGGUGGAGACCAGGUCGUUGUACUACCUUUUUAGAGUGUUGUUUAUGUAUGAAUAUCUUUCCUUGUUUUAGUGUAAUAACUUGUAGUGGUUGUACUGCAUUCGUGUUUAAGGCUAAAAACCUAAAGCUCAGACAUUGAUUAUGCUACCUUUUUUAUUUUGCAGUGAGAAACCAUGA